UUACAUGAACUAGUUCAUUUGAAGCACUCAACUCUUAAAACAUUUGAAGAUCAAAGUAAUUGCAAAAAAAUAACGCCCGUUAAACUGGUCUUAAAACCACAAACCAAUAUUUGCAAUUGCUAAAAACAGUUGAACGUCGACUUAUCAUCAUGUACAAUCCCAAUGAGAAAAACAUUGAUUUAGUGCGUGAUUAUUUUCCCAGUUAUCACACGGCAAGAUUCCAAGAUCAGCCAGAGCCCAAUAUCGCGGUACAAGAUAAUUUUUUGCAAGUGACAAAGCAGCAUUCCAACGAGCUCUCAACUAAAUACGGGAUCAAAGUUCAUAAUUUGCGAUAUGGAGGCUCGGAUGACAGACAACUAGUCGAUGUAUUUUAUAAAGAUGAAGCAUCGGAGCCCUCGCCGCUCUUUGUUUAUGUUCAUGGCGGCUACUGGCAAAUGCUGGACAAAUCCCAUUCCUGCUCCAUUGUUGCUCCUCUGGUGCGUCAUGGCUAUCGCGUCGCCGUCAUGGACUACAACAACUGCCCGCAGGUGACGCUGGCGCAGCUGGUCGAGCAGUUCACAGCCUUUUUAAUAUGGAUAUUCGACUAUGCCGAGCAAACGCAAACUACUGAGCUUAGUUUUGCGGGUCAUUCCGCUGGCGGACACCUUCUGGCCCAGUUGCUGCAUAUUCCGGCACUGAUUUCCGAGGAGCGACGCCAAAAGGUGCGCGUCCUGUUCUUCAUUUGCGGUGUUUAUGAUCUGCGCGAACUGUGGCAACUGGAACCGGUGAAUCCCAACAAUAUAUUCGGACUAAACGCAGAAAGUGCCAAGCAACUAUCGCCCAUGCUGUGGCCAUGGCAAGACGAUAGCUCAUCCUGGUCUGGCGUCCAGUCGCAUGUGAUAUCAGCAGAGCACGAGAGCGUCACCUUCAUAGAGCAAAGUCGCGCCUUUGCAAAGAAAUUGCAAGAUGGCGGCUUCAACGUAACAUUUAAGCUUUUCGAUAAGUACGAUCACUUCGAUAUUAUCGAAGAAACUGUCGUCGAUAACUCGCCGAUAACCAGCUACCUGCUGGAGGCGCUGCAGGCUGCUUCGAAAGAGUCAAAUUAAACAAAUAAAAUGAGAAAUAAAAUGUCCGAUGAACGUAAAUUAUUAAUAAAAAAGUAAACCA